CUGUCACUUAACACAGCGGAGAUUUUUCUCUAUCUGCGGCUUUAUCUUCAUUUAUUCACCUGGAUUGUUUCAUCCAGACGGCGGCGGUGGUCAUUGAGUUGCGGGGCGUCGGUUCUCCAAAAGCGCAUCCAGAACAUUUACGCACGGAUCUGCAACCAUCAACGCCGAGAUGUCCGGAUACCAGGGCAAGAAAAACAUCCCUCGCAUCACCAGUGAUCGGCUUCUCAUCAAAGGAGCAAAGAUAGUGAAUGAUGAUCAGUCGUUUCAUGCAGACAUCUACAUGGAGGAUGGAGUCAUCAAGCAAAUUGGUGAGAACCUCAUUGUUCCCGGUGGCGUGAAGACCAUCGAAGCCCAUGGCAGGAUGGUGAUGCCUGGUGGCAUUGAUGUUCACACCCGUUUCCAGAUGCCCGAUCGGGGGAUGACAUCAGCUGACGAUUUCUAUCAGGGCACACGAGCCGCUCUCGCUGGUGGCACCACCAUGAUCAUUGAUCAUGUGAUCCCCGAGCCCGGCGUGAGUCUGAUCGCUGCUUUUAACCAAUGGAGGGAGUGGGCCGAUCAUAAAUCCUGCUGUGAUUAUUCUCUUCAUGUUGACAUCACAGAGUGGCACAAAGGCAUGCAGGAGGAGAUUGAAGCGCUGGUGAAGGAUCACGGUGUCAACUCUUUUCUGGUUUACUUGGCUUACAAAGAUAUUUUCCAGCUAAGCGACGCCCAGAUGUAUGAGGUCUUCAGCGUAAUCCGGGAUUUGGGAGCCAUUGCCCAGGUGCAUGCUGAGAACGGUGACAUCAUCGCUGAAGAGCAGAAGAGGGUUUUGGGAUUGGGUAUCACUGGUCCAGAGGGACACGUUUUGAGCCGUCCAGAAGAGGUGGAGGCUGAGGCGGUCAACCGGUCCAUAACUGUAGCCAAUCAGACCAACUGUCCCCUCUACAUCACCAAGGUAAUGAGCAAGAACGCUGCUGAUGUCAUCGCCCAGGCCAGAAAAAAAGGUGCCGUUGUGUACGGGGAACCCAUCACUGCGAGCCUGGGGACGGACGGCACUCACUACUGGAGCAAGAACUGGGCCAAGGCUGCAGCCUAUGUCACCUCUCCUCCUCUCAGCCCUGACCCUACCACCCCUGACUAUCUCAACUCCCUGCUGGCCUGUGGUGAUCUGCAGGUGACCGGCAGCGGCCACUGCACCUUCAACACAUCCCAGAGAGCUGUUGGCAAAGAUAACUUUACUCUCAUUCCUGAAGGAACAAACGGCACUGAAGAAAGGAUGUCAAUCAUCUGGGACAAAUGUGUGGUGACAGGUAAGAUGGAUGAAAAUCAGUUUGUGGCCGUGACAAGCACCAAUGCUGCCAAGAUCUUUAACCUGUACCCACGUAAGGGUCGCAUUGCCGUGGGCUCCGAUGCUGACCUGGUGCUAUGGGACCCAGACUCCUCCAAGAUCAUCUCUGCUAAGAGCCACCAUGUGGCAGUGGAGUAUAACAUCUUUGAAGGGUUAGAAGUGCGUGGAGCUCCUCUGGUCGUCAUCAGCCAAGGGAAGAUCGUAUUAGAGGACGGAAACCUUCAUACAACCGAGGGUUCUGGACGAUACAUCACCCGUAAACCAUUCCCCGAUUACGUCUAUAAGAGGAUAAAGGCCCGCAGCAGGCUUGCCGAGCUGCGUGGAGUUCCACGUGGUCAGUAUGACGGUCCAGUCUGUGAGGUCACUGUAACACCCAAGGUCAUGACCCCUGUCAUAUCUGGAAAGACUUCUCCAGUCAAAUCUGCUCCUCAGCCAGUUCGCAACCUCCACCAGUCUGGUUUCAGUCUGUCUGGUGAGUAUUUGCAACAGGAGAACAUUUUCAUUUGGUAUGUGUGGAAUCUAACCCAUUUAAACCAUUUCACAGGGGCUCAAAUUGAUGACAACAUCCCUCGUCGACCCACUCAACGCAUCGUGGCACCCCCUGGUGGCAGGGCAAAUAUUACCAGCCUGGGCUAAAGUCAUUUACUCGAUAGAAAGGAUGGGGGUUAAAGAAACAUAGGCUUUUUUGGGACCAAUCCAACCAUGGGGGGUCCUAUCAAGCACACCUUCAUUUUCCUCCUUACAUUACUUGUAUCCCCCUUCUUUAACUGAAGGGUCCUGUUAUUUAAAUGUGACUUACUUAGCUGAAUGUGUUUCAGGAUUACAUUCAGGAUCUCAGCUGGAAAAUUGGAAUGCCAUCUAGUUGAGUUUGACUAUGUUUGGAAUAGCAAUACUACUCUUGGGCUUUAUAUUAAAAAACAUUUUAUCAAUAUACUGUAAAAAAUACAGCAUUUUAAAAAAUACAGUAAUCUGAGAAUACAGGACAAUUCUGUAAAUUAAAUUACAGCGUCACUACUGUAAAAAUUACAGUAACAGGCUGGCAACCCUGCUGCCAGUAUUUUACUGUAAAAUUUACAGGUAAUUUUUUUACAGUGUGUUCCCUGCACUGCUAAUGCAAUGCUCUACCCGCUAAGUUAUAUAUACAUAAAAGCUCAGCUGCAAAACCCUCUAAAUGCAUCUGAAAAUGUUUUUUUUUUUUUUGUAAAUUAGUAUUUUUAUCAGACUCUUAAUGGAUUUCUGAAUGGACUGAGGCCAGGAUUAAGCAGAUUUGAAAUGAAAGUAUUUGAUAAACAUAUAAUACGAGCUAAGUAUGGUAUGUUUAAACAACUGGAACCCAUAUAAUCCAUCACCUGCCUAUAUGUUAAAAAUGUUACAUUUUGACAUUUUUAUUCCUUUUUUUAUUCGUUAACAUUUUGAAUAGCACAAAACUACCACAUGUCGUUAAGUAUUUCAAUGUUCUGUUGCAAUAUUUGUUUAUUUUCCUUGUAGGAAGAGUCAUUUAUCAUUUUAAAACUAGGUUGCAAACCACGUUUUUGUCUCACAUUUUGCAAAGUGUCAACUCUUCCACAAAAGCCUGAUUUAUUAAAGGUUUAUAGAAAGUUGUUUUAUAACGUACACUUUUUUUUAAAGUUAUGAUUUCAGGUCAGUGUUUCCACUUCUUAAAAUCCUUCACGUUUGUCUUCCUCACAUUUUGCACUUCUUUGUUUUCUUUGUAUUUUCUUAUGAUGUGAUAGCAAAAAAGUGGAAAGACUAACAGUUGUGUAUUGGCCGUUGUACGCAGUGCUGUGAAGUUUUGCUGUGAUUUAUAUUCACACAUUUUUUAUGUUGUAAAACUGUCCAUUCCUUUUUGUCCCAUAGGGCCGUCACCCCAGAAAGAAUACAAUACAGUUCGUGUAUAAAGGAAAUUCAGACUACUCUUUAAGCCCUUUCAUUACCCCUCUGUUGUAUUAACCAAUCCGUUUCUCACAGUCUAGUUACCAUAGUAACAGGUCUCCAUCACUUGGCUUGGCUGUUGAUUGGAUACGACAGCUGUGCGGUGUUGGAGUAUUGCCCCGGGUAACCUCCUCACAUCGGGUGUUUUAUACAUGCUGUGGAUCUGGGCACAGAUUUACCUUGUGACAUCACAAAAGUUCACAUGGCCUUCACCACCACACCAUGGGGCAGCUACUCACUCCCACCUAAAACUGACUUUGACCUUUACCACAAGGACAUUUUUCAGGUUGCAAUGUCUGAAAUGGAUUGUCCGGCAUGUUUAGGGUCGAUCUUGUGGAAAUUCAGUGUUACUUUGAAUUAAACGUUAGGUGAGAUUGUUUUACUUUUUGCAGUUGUGCUUCGUUUUAUAACUCGACUUGCCUGCCUAUUCACCAUGUGAUACAGUUCUCAGUGUCUGUGAGUAUUGUUAUGACAAGUUAAACAUUUCCCAUGGAAGAUAUGUAAAGAAUUUAUUGUUCAUGUCUUUGAUUGUUGCAAUAAAUUGCAGUUGUGAAGAAAAGUUUUUUUAA